AUGCUCUACUUAAACAAACGCUCUCCUUCUGAGGAGUUGGCCUCUGUUCACAACCCAAAUUCUCCCAGUGGUACCUCUACUUGGCACCAUUCUCUAGACGACCAGAAGAUGACGGAGGUAGUCGCAUACCCUCAACCACAACACCUCUACCACUUCGGUGGCUCAUCACAUCGUUUGCUUGCCCCUGCCCCUGAGCAAAAGUCCCCUUACUUCUCUCCGGAUCUAUAUCGCGAGAUGCCCGUCUACCCCGUCGGCUACCAGACCACAUCUCAUCUGGCCAGGUCUCCCCCAGAGGCUCGCUCGGCUUCGGUCUCGAGUAUAUCCUCCGCGGCCUCCCACGGCACACCUAACAUGUCUUCCUCCCGGACCAUGUCACCAGUCGCGGACUCCAACUCGUCUGACUCCAUGGCUAGCCCCCCGGUCUUGACCAGGACGUAUAAUCCGCCGUCGUCCUACCACCACACACAGCAGCAGCACCAUCACACCUCUCAGGCGCUCCCUUCGUCGUUAAUCCCGGCCCCAUCACAUUACUUGCAUGCUCAGGUCGCUCCUCCGCCACCAAUGUCGCUCUACCCUUCGAUGCCGGUCCCACCACAACGAACAACGACGUACCCAUCCUCAUCUUCAUACGGGUACCACCAACAUAUGGGCCACCCUUACCCAUCCCAGCAGCCUAUGCACAACUAUCAUCAGGUUCCAAUUCAUAACUAUCAACCAGUGUACACCUACAACACCAGCGCACAGACCUAUCCCAGCCUUUCAGCAGGCACAAUACUGCCUUCCUUCCCGGGGUCUUCCGUCAUGACACUCCCACAAAUACAGCGUCACGAGAAGGCUCCCAUUGAGCGUUUACUGGACGGAAACCGCAACAUCAUGCAGAUGAUCCAGUCACACCUGGACUACUUUGACGUCAUCAGGGCUCAGAUGGUGAACCGGUUCUUCAAAGACCACUUCGACCCUUCCCUGUGUCCCGAAGAGGACAAGAUCCGGUGCGUCAUGUACGCCGAGAUCAACUUCAAGCGGUUCUGGCCCAACAAUACUUCGUCCGGCGGCCGGGGCGGCGGCGACAAGGAUGACGGCAAGCACCCUGGUUCCUUUGGGUGCUAUCACUGCUUCAAGGUCAAGAACCCCGAGAACUUUGAGCUGUUCAGGUGGAAAAAUGAUCUGGAGGAUGCCCCUGACAACAACAAUAACAACUCGAAUAACAACUCCAAUAACGACAGAAACAGCCAACGGGGUUCAGUCUCCUCAGCUGCCUCAUCACGCCAACAACAACAGCAGCAACAACAGCCACAAAACAACCCCCCCACUCUCCCCUUCCACAUCCUCCACCUCCUCCCACAACACCCAAUUCUCCCUAACCUCCAACCCGCACUACGACCCCUCCGUCACGCGCUCCUCCCUCGCCGCCGCCGCCGCCGCCUCUUCAUCCAGACAAUCCGGCAACGGCGGCAACAACAGCAACAACGGUACGCGCCGCACCGCCUCCACUGGCUACAGCUCAUCGGACCAAUCCCCGCGCAUCCAAGAAACGUGGGGCAUCCGCCGGUUCUGCAUCGACUGUGGCAUCAAGAAGAAGUUUUACCGCCCGGGAGUCCUGAUUGA